AAAAAAACCCUAAGAAAAAAGGAAAAUUCUUAAUUAUCAAUUCGGAGCCCCACAGCCAAAUCGUAUAAAUAUAUAAGACAGCCUUGCAAUCCAUAUAUAUGUGUAUAUAUAAUGUGUGUGCCAGUUCAUAGAUCAUUUUUCGUUUACUCUCUGUCUUCGCUCUGUCUUGCUUCUUCCCCCAGAUCUCUCUCUCUCUCUCUCUCUUCUUGAAGUGCGCAAGAAAGAAGAUUCUUCUACUUGUAUAGAUUCGUGGAAUUUGGGUGAAUGGGAGCUUGCCGAUUGAAUUGAAGUUGAUUUGGUUUAGAGCGGAAAAAUAUGGACGGUGGUGAUGGGACUGUGAGGCUUGGGGCUCUGAACAUGAAGUCGGAUCGAAGCGGAUUGGAUUUGGGCCCCGAUGUGUCUGUUUCGUCUCCGGUGACCAGGCAGAAAGCCGCCGCUGCUAAGCAGUUCAUUGAGAAUCAUUACAAGAACUAUCUCCAAGGUCUUCAAGAUCGCAAGGACAGACGGAGAACGCUUCAACGAAGAGUGCAAGAAGCUCAGAUGUCGGCAGAAGAACAAGAAGAGAUGCUGAGGAACUUGGAACGCAGAGAAACAGAAUUUAUGAGACUGCAAAGACGUAAAGUUGGAAUCGAUGACUUUGAACAAUUAACAGUCAUCGGUAAAGGUGCAUUCGGCGAGGUUAGGUUAUGUCGUGCAAAAGGAACUGGGGAAAUUUUUGCCAUGAAAAAGCUGAAGAAAUCAGAGAUGCUUAGCCGUGGGCAGGUUGAGCACGUUCGAUCUGAGAGGAAUUUACUUGCAGAGGUUGAUAGUAGGUGCAUUGUAAAACUCUUUUAUUCUUUUCAAGAUUCUGAGUUCUUAUACCUUAUUAUGGAGUAUUUACCUGGUGGUGACAUUAUGACGUUGCUAAUGAGAGAAGACAUUCUGUCCGAGGAUGUUGCUCGCUUUUACAUAGCAGAGAGCAUUUUAGCUAUUCAUUCAAUUCAUCAGCACAAUUAUAUACAUAGGGAUAUAAAACCAGAUAACUUGAUCCUAGAUAAAAAUGGUCAUCUGAAGCUUUCAGAUUUUGGCUUGUGCAAGCCUCUGGAUGAUAAGUACUCAAGUAUACUUUUGAAUGACGAAGACUUAACUGCCCAGCAGACCAAAAGUGAAGGUCAAGAUCAUACUGACUCUAAUGGAUCCCAAUGGAUGAUGCCGAAAGAACAAAUUCAACAGUGGAAGCGUAAUCGUCGUGCGUUGGCUUUUUCAACUGUUGGGACCCUGGAUUAUAUGGCACCUGAAGUAUUGCUUAAGAAAGGGUAUGGAAUGGAGUGUGAUUGGUGGUCAUUAGGGGCCAUUAUGUAUGAGAUGCUGGCUGGUUAUCCUCCUUUUUGUUCUGAUGAUCCAAGGAUGACCUUCCGCAAGAUAAUAAAUUGGCGAACUUGCCUGAAAUUUCCCGAGGAACCAAAAAUCUCUGAGCAAGCCAAGGACCUGAUCAGCCACUUGCUUUGUGAUGUUGAAACAAGGUUGGGAACACGAGUAGUAGAAGAAAUAAAGGCACAUCCAUGGUUCAAAGGGAUUCAGUGGGAUAAGCUGUAUGAAAUGGAACCUGCAUAUAAACCAACUGUCACUGGAGAACUAGACACUCAGAACUUUGAGAAGUUUCCUGAGGUUCAAGACCCUCCCUCAGAAAUGCCAACUGUUGGACCUUGGAGAAAGAUGCUAACUUCAAAAGAUACGAAUUUCAUUGGAUUUACUUUCAAGAAGUCAAACGUCAAAUCACUUGAGGGUACAGGUCCAGAUACGCAUUCAAACACAUCAUCAAAAACCCCAUCUCUAGUUUCCUUGUUGGGUCGAAUAGACUUGCAAGAAACAGUGAUACCAGAAAUUGAACAAAAGCAGGUAGAAUAAGUGACGAGUCUUGCUUCUUCUUCUUCUUCUUCCGAUCACUUCCCAUUCUAUGCGAGUGAAUUCUGCUGAAUAUAAAAUACACAAGAUGAGUUUUGCCGCAGUUUGGUACAUGAAGAUGAUAAGGAUUGAAGGUUAGAAAGUUAGUUUCCUUCCAUUUUGGAUAUUGUUAUAUUUCAUUACAACUGUAAAGCAAAAUAAUCAUUGAGUUCAAUAGGAUCAAAUUUUUUAUUUUCUUCUUGACAUCAUCAUGAUUCCUAUUAUUUUCUUUCAACAUUGGAAACACUUUGUGGAUUGAUGCAAUUUUGUCGGUUAAAGUU